GCACGUCUUCCAUGGUUCUAUAUCUACAUUCAUUAGGGCUUCAUAUAAAAUACUGGCCUUGGUGCCUUAGAGCGGUGAAUCCAUGCAGAAAGCCAAUUUAGGCAAAUUCCCUCCUCUUUGUUUUUGAUCGCUUCAGGUUCUCUUCAGUUUUCUUCAUCACAAUCCCCUGCUCGUGGUGUGAACGACCAUCAUGUCCGGCCUUGGGGCCUCGCGAUGGGCACCUCGCGGAGCCCAGGUCAUCGGCCCAGGCAACAAAAAUUACACAGCAACAAACCAGCAUGGUUUCUCCAAAGACGGGCUGGCUCCAGGUACCAGCAGAAACUACGCCAUCAAGUGCGUCACAUGCAGAACUGUCCCGUUUCAAGAAGAUCAUGGCCCGACUGAAAUGGAAAUUACCCUUCCUGGCUGAAUCUUACCGGUUGGCAACCCUUCGUAGCCAGUCAUCAUUGCACAGCGAGGAGUUGGCCAACGCGGAGAUCAUGUUCAAGCUAGACUUCCAUGAAUACUACGCCCUGCUGGAGCGAGCGAUUGUGCAUCUUCUCGGUGUGUUCGACAUCGUCGUCUCUUCACGCUUUGCCGCGUCCCACUUGGCUCUGAAUGGGGACCGGCCGCUUCUCAGCUCACACAGGUAUCACGCCAACGUGCUUGAAGCACUGGAUACCCCGUCUUGUCCACUGUACUCUGUGCUAGGCACGGAGGAGGUGCAGGAGCAGCUGAGAAGGGCCAAGGAGCUGCGCAAUCGGUGGAAGACGGCAGACUCGCCUGAAGACGAACAAAGCCGCCAGAGCCAGACAGACGGAUUCCAACGGAGCAGACCGUAUCGCAUCAAGGGACGUGCUCCGUUGGAGAGCUAUGAUUUCAAUGGCAUCUUUACUAGUGUCUUCGCCGCGCUGGAGGAGGGCUACCACCUCGCUCAGCAGCACGUUUCGCAGGUAGAAAUGCUGGACGUUGAAACCAUUUCACAGACCACAUCUGAUCCAGAGGGGGCUGGUUGGGACUUUAUUGUGGAUGCUAUGGAUUGGGAAGCUGUUUAGUCUGUAGAUUGCCAAUUUGGAUAUGAUAAAUGAUAUGUACAGG